UCCUGUGAAGUCAUGCUAGGUCCCUACUGAGGCUUGAGCUUCGUCCAGGGGCCUUGCUAGCAUUCUGCUCUCUUUACUUCCCCUCAGUGCUCUGUGUUAGUUACUUCUGUAUGGCUUAUGGUAGGCUGGUCAGGAGUGGCUGGUGUGGGCUGUGUGUGUGUGUCUGGCUCUAGUCUGGACUACGGUGCCUGGCUGUGAGCUGUUUGGCUGGUGGUGGUGGUCUGGCCUAGACGGUUUGGGGCUCUGACUGUUCAUGUCCUGCAGAACAUGGUAAUGCACCCCCGGCCCUGCCUUCCCAUCGACCCCCACAUCAGCUAUAUACACUUACCUUCUGGUCUGCCAUUGUGCGGUUUGGAUAGUGAGUGGUCCCUGGCAGGCCCAGCUCAUGCCCUCAACCUAUCCCUCAUUUGGUCUUUCUUUGAGAGGCCAAGUGGGAAGAAACAUGCUCUGGGACUACCUGGCCACUCUCCUGUGGCUUCGGUUCCAUGGAAGUGUUUCUCCCAGCUGUCCCUCAGUCCAGGGCCCCACAGAUGAGGCUGCAGGGGUGGAGGCCCAGACAAGAAGGGGUAAGCUAUUCAUAGGCAGCGCUGAUCACACAGAGACUGUAAGCUGCCUGAUCCUUGGCUUAUGGGUGAGGUUAAGAAGUGAUCGCAGGGGCAGAGUAUCGAGUGGGAGACAGGACAGUGGAUGACCACGAGGAGAGGCCUUUGUCUGUCCUUGUUCCGUACAUCCUCCUGGCCCUGAAAUGCUGUCCACCUGCUCCCCCACUUCUCAGCCUCACAUUGACCCUGCUCUGACAGGGAGGAACCAAUUUAAUCAAGCCAGGACCUCUCCGGGCUCUUGGUUGUCCCUUUGCUGCCUUUGAUCAGCCCUGAGCCUGGCUCUCUCUGGUGCAUAUGAGAGCCACUUGGUACAUACGCUGCAGGUGAAGACAGCUUUGCUGUUCUUCUCCAAACCACGGGGCAGCCCAGGGGUCCACUGGGUGCAUUCCCUGUGUCUGAAGCUAUUUUCUGUGGAGACUUCUGGACCUGCCUUCUGCUUCCGUGUGGGUAGGUUCCAGUGUUCCUCUGCUGUGUGGUGUGCCUUCUCUGGUCUCACACACCAUAUUUGUGGACAAUGAGCCCCCCCACCUUUUUUGUCUGAUUUUGUCCACUAGCCUGUACUCUUAUUGGGUGAGUUCUGUGGUGAUAUGCAUCCAAGAGACACCAGCUGGCAGGAUGUGGGGUCUCUCUGCCCAGCUCCCCAGCACCGGCUAGCCUGGCAAAGGAGCAGCUUGGAGAGGACAGAGGGGCAAGUUCUACAGAGCUUUAGGGUACAGUGCCUGUGAGGGGCCUGCUGAUGGGUUGUGAGACAACUGAGACUUCAGGUGCCCUGCUCCUACCUGAAGGGCAUGGGGGCCCCGCGUGUUCCCAGAAGGACCGUGCUCUUCCAGCAGGAGCGGACAGGCCUGACCUACCGUGUGCCUGCGCUGCUGUGUGUGCCUCCCCGGCCUACCCUGCUGGCCUUUGCGGAACAGCGACUUAGCCCUGAUGACUCCCAUGCCCACCGCCUGGUGCUGCGGAGGGGCACACUGGCUCGGGGCUCAGUGCGGUGGGGCACCCUGAGUGUGCUGGAGACUGCGGUGCUGGAGGAGCACAGGUCUAUGAACCCUUGCCCGGUGCUGGACGAACACUCCGGUACCAUCUUCCUCUUCUUCAUUGCGGUGCUGGGCCACACGCCCGAGGCCGUGCAGAUCGCCACUGGCAAGAACGCUGCUCGGCUCUGUUGUGUGACCAGCUGUGACGCGGGCCUUACCUGGGGCAGUGUGCGAGACCUGACGGAGGAGGCCAUUGGUACAGCAUUGCAGGACUGGGCCACCUUUGCUGUGGGUCCAGGCCAUGGAGUUCAGCUACGCUCAGGUCGCCUACUUGUUCCUGCUUACACCUAUCAUGUGGACCGUCGGGAGUGUUUUGGCAGGAUCUGCUGGACCAGUCCCCACUCCUUGGCUUUCUAUAGUGAUGACCAUGGAAUCUCCUGGCACUGUGGAGGCCUUGUGCCCAACCUGCGCUCUGGAGAGUGCCAACUGGCUGCAGUGGAUGGAGACUUCCUCUACUGCAAUGCCCGGAGCCCUCUGGGCAAUCGUGUGCAGGCCCUGAGUGCUGACGAGGGCACUUCCUUCCUACCGGGGGAGCUGGUGCCUACACUGGCUGAAACUGCCCGUGGCUGCCAGGGUAGCAUUGUGGGCUUCCCAGCUCCACCCUCCAGCAGGCCUCAGGAUGACCAGUGGCCAAUGGUUCUUGGGAAUACCCCACAUUCCCCAUGCUUCUAUCUCAGAGUACAGGAGUCUUCAGGGCAAGGUGCUGGGGGUCCUAUUGAAGGUUGGGCUCGCAGAGGGUCAUUCUGCUCCCCACAGUCCUGGGGUCCAGAAAAUCAUGGCCUAGAACCUGGGACAGGUGGAGAGAAGACAGCCUGGACCCCAGAACUCCCUAUGUCCUCUGCUUCCCUGCUUCAGAGUUCCACGUGGCUGCUGUAUUCCCACCCAUCAGGGCGUAGAGCUCGGCUCCACAUGGGAAUCUAUCUGAGCCGGUCCCCCUUGGACCCCCACAGCUGGACAGAGCCCUGGGUGAUCUAUGAGGGUCCCAGUGGCUACUCUGACCUAGCGUUCCUUGGGCCUGUGCCCGGGGCAUCCCUGGCCUUUGCCUGUCUGUUUGAGAGUGGGACCAGGGCCUCCUACGAAGACAUCUCUUUUUGCUUGUUCUCAUUGGGUGAUGUCCUGGAGAACGUGCCCACUGGCUUAGAGAUCCGCAGUCUCAGGGGCAAGCCUCAGGGGCAUUGCUGGCCCUCUUGAUGGCCCGAUCCUCUGGCAGGCACCUGGGAAGGAAGGGUAGAGUGUAUAGAGGAGGCUAGGGGCAGGUCAGCGUGACCCUGGGAUGGACAGAGUCUCCUCACUGCUUCUGGAGGAUGAAUCACUGGGGGGCCUGGCUGCUUUCUGAGUAUGAGUGAGAAAUAAAGGGAUUGUGCUGUGUCUGUUUCUUCCCACAUCAAAGCCUUGGGUCCUAGCGCUCUAGUUCACUGCUCUGAUUAGCACACACAUUUCCCACCUUCACCCUGCACAGUUCCCACAUCCCAGGGGUGGCUGGCAGGGGUGAAGGCAACAGGAACAGUGGACAUCAUAGUCCCUCUUUCCACUACCUGCUGUGUGCCAAGCCCAAUCAAUCUGAAGUUUGCUGAUGACUGAAGUCUGGUCACUUUCUGAACUUCCAGCGGGAGAAGCAGGUUGAGGAGUCAGCCUCCCCAGCUAGUGGGGACAGAGCUUAAUUUGAGGCAGGGUUACUUCCUAGGCCUGCUCCAAGUGCCCGCUUCUUCACCCUUCUCUGGAGAGGGCUCUUGCUGUAUCAGAACUGCUCCCUCAGGGAAGCCAGUUUGUACUUCCUCUCUCUCUCUCUCUCUCUCUCUCUCUCUCUCUCUCUCUCUCUCUCUCUCCCUCUCCCUCUCUCUCCCUCUCCCUCCCUUCCCUCCCUCCCUCCAUCCCUCCUUCCCUUCCUUCUUUCCUUCCUUUCUUUUCCUUUUCUUUUUUCCCUUGAAACAUGGUCUCUCUACGCAGCCCUGGCUAUCCUGGAACUUGCUCUGUAGACCAGGAUGGCCUCAAACUCAGAGAUCUGCCUGCCUCUGCCCCCCUCGCACUGGGAUUAAAGGCAUGAGCCAUCACCUGGUACCCUUUUGUAUUUCUUAUUAAAGUCCUAAUUUCUAAUCAUAAAAACAGUCUGUGGGGGCUGGAAAGAUGGCUCAUUCAAUAAAGCAUUUGCCAAUGAA